CUUUGCUGCUGAUUAAUACGCCUGUUGUCAAGCCGAAGUGACGCGUUCUCCUUGGAUUCGGCAAACUGCUCAUGCGCUCUAGAGCUUUACCAUCUUUGCGGCGUCAAGCUCAGAUGAGAAUAUGUACACUGACAAGAAAAAACAAUGGAAGACACAUGGAGACCUGCAGAUCUAAGAAGACACAUCAGGGGGGAAGAACGUGGUGGUGGCUAUGUCAGGAGGCGAGAUGACUAUGACAGAAAGCACCGUGGUGGGGAAUCCAUUGAGAGACGCCACAGAGACCCAGAGAAGGAGUCCAGACGAGAGAAGGAGAGGAUCAGGGAAGGGGAGAGCACACAAGAGAGAAGAGAUGAAGAGAAAAAAGACAGAAAGAAAGAGGGUUCGCAGGAUAGGAGAGCUGACAGAGAAAGGGACAGAAGAGAUGAAAGGGAAAGGGAGAAGAAAAGAGACAAGGAAAGACUGGUAGAUGUUAGCAAGUAUGGUAAUGAUUACAGAGAAAACAAGGAGAGGAGAAGAGACAGAGAGGAAAAACAUGACAGGGAGAGGGACAAGGAAAGACAGAGAGAUAAGGGGAAAGAGAGGAUAAGGGACAGUGAUAGAUACAAUGAGGACCGUAAUAAAAGUAGGGAAUAUGGAGAUAAGGAGAGAAAAAGAGAGAAACAGGCCAGAGAGCACAGGGCUGAUAGGGACAGAAGAAGACAUGAGGAAAACUGGGAAGGAAGAAGAGAUCAAAUAGAAAAGCACCACAGAGAGGACAAAGAUCGGCAUCGGGAGAGAGAGGGACGCAAAAAUGAAUAUGAAGACAGGAAUGGCAAGGCAGAGAGACGUGGAGACAGAAAGCAUUCAGAACAGAAAGAGGACAGAGAGUAUAAAGAAGAACACAGAAAACAUAAAGAGGAGAGAGAAAGAAGGCACAGAGAGAGAGAACAUCGUGAUGAGAAACAGAAGCAUGACAGUGAACUCAGGGAGCAUCAAGGGGACGAGAUCAGGCAUCAUCGUGCUGACAGAGAGCGGGCUGACAGGGACAAACACAAAGAGAGAAGGUACAAAGACGAAGAAGACCCACAAAGAAAACACAGGGAGAGAAGGCACAAAGAGGAAGGUGACAUGGAAAGGAAACACAAAGAGAGAAGGCACAGGGGGGAAGAUGAUCACAGAGACAAGAGAUCAUCUUCUGACAGAAGUCAUGUUCCUGAGAGGAAUGUGGUACAAACAGAGCAAGUUGACAUGGUUUCUGAGGUGUGGAUAGCUGCUGUGAAACAUGAAGGAGACACAGAGGAGCCUGUUGUCAAUGAUGAAGAUUCGGCUAACCAGGAAUAUGAAGAUGAUUUAGAGGUUGUCAAUGAUGAAGUUUUGGCUAACCAGGAAUAUGAAGAUGAUUUUGAGAAACUGGAUUAUGAAGAGGAUUUUGAGGAGCUGAAUGAGAGCACUAAUGAAGAUGAGGAUGAGGAGCCGCUGCAUCCACAGGCAGGUGAAGCAAAGGAGGAGCUUUCAGCACAACAGAGAAAGGAGAUAGAAGAAAUUCAGAGAGCGAUGGACGAAGAGAACAAGAGAGUUGGAACAGCUCAGUCCAGACAAAGUACGAAGAGAGAGGAGGAGGAGAGGCCUAAAUGGUCCAAAGACACUGAAAAGAUCCAGAGCAGAGCCUCCCAACACGGAAAGUUCGACAUUGUUGCUGUAAAGCAGCCUGAAGUCAGCAAGAAAGUUGCCAAUAAACUGAAGAAGAGAAGUACAGAGCUGCUUCGUUUAAUCGAUCUGGACUUUUCCAUGACAUUCUCCCUUCUGGAUCUGCCACCAGUCAAUGAAUAUGACAUGUACAUCAGAAAUUUUGGAAAUGCAAACACUAAACAGGCUUAUGUUCAGUGUAAUGAGGAUAACGUGGAUCGAGACAUCCAGACAGAGGAAAUAAAGAUGUCUGAGAAGUGGUCGCAGCAUCCCCCCAAGCACAGUGGAGCCUGCGGGGAUCCAAAGGAGUCACAAGACAAAUACAGGAAUGAAAUGAACUUUGAUUCACAGCGUCUGGCAUCAUUUCUUUGCUCAGCCUCACAGGUCAUGGUUGUCCUGCUGGAAGAGGAUCAAGCUGCGACAAAAUCCCUGCAGAAACUGAGCCCUCAAUCAGACAUGCAGUCUUUCAGUGAUGGAAGAUUACAGCUCAACACUAAGUUGCCUUUUCUUUAUGGUCGUCAGAUUAUCAUGCUGCACUUCUCUCAGGUCCAAAAGCACACUGUGAUGUCAGUCCACAUGCCCACAACUGAACCCAGUGCCAUGGCACUUGACAGCUGCACCAUCAUCUGCAUCUGGAACAUCUGGGAGCCAUCCAGACCUCAGAGGAUCCUUGUUUAUGAGUCUGAGAUCCAGUGUUGCUGUUUCAGCCCUGGAAAGGCCACGAUGGUGUUUGCAGGGACAUCAAUUGGCUCUGUGGUGCUGUGGGACCUUAGGGAGCAAGCUAGUAACCACAGCCGCUUAAAGAUGGGAGAGGAAGAGUGGACCUUCAGACAGCCUACUUUCUCCACAGAUUCAGUGAUGGCUGCCUCAGGCCAUUUCUCAUGUGUGACCUCUAUAGAAGUUGUCCCUUCUGCACUAACAGGGGAGCUGAGGCCAGACAUCCCACUGUUGGCAUCUGAGGAAGAGUCAUCAGGACUGUCAUUCCAGCUGGCUUCCUUGGAUGAAACAGGAGUUUUAAAUUUCUGGGUGGUGGUAGAACUCCCAAAAAGCAGUGAGGCAGGCUCUCUAACAGAUCUGGGGCUCCAGCCUGGCGGCAAAGUGAAGUUGCUUCACAGCUCGUCCCUCCACACUGCUGAGAGGGGAGUGAAAACAGGGCCACUGGACACACUGCUUUUAAAAUUCCUUCCAACAGACUCCAAUCAUUUCUUUAUUGGCACCAACAUGGGGCUGGUCCUCCAUGGAACAAGUCACGGUUUGAAGGCUCCCCCAAAAUUUUACCGGUUUCAGGAGGUUGAAGUUCUGCCUGUCGAUGUCACCUCAAUCCACUUUUCUCCCUUCAGGCCACAUUUGUUCUUGGUGGGCUGUGGAAACGGCACCAUCAGGCUGCAUGCAGUCAGCCAUGACCAACCUGUGGCACAGUGGAACAACAGUACAUCUGGCGAACCAGUGGUCUCACUGCAGUGGGCCCAGACCAGGCCAUCGGUCUUCUGCGUGCUUGAUGCUGCCUCGAACCUCCACAUAUGGGACCUGCUGAAAAAUGACACACAGCCUGUGGUCACUGAGAGGAUGAGUUCUGAUAGGGUGACAGCCAUGGCUGUGUUUGGAGACGCGGGAAAACAAAACACAUAUUCAGGGGUAGCACUGGCACAUGAGUCAGGGAAAAUUGAAAUGCAGUAUUUCAAAAGAAGUUUGACUGUGUCCUGCUCUGCGGAAGAAGAGAAGCUGUUGGAGAGUAUGAUGACUGAAGCCUUUUGAAAAGCCGUGUUCAUUUUUAACGUCUGUGAGAGCAUAUACAUCAGUUUAUAACUCUGUUUUCUGUCGCUUUGUAUACUUGAAGUCAUUAUAAAUUUUCAUGUGAUCCCAUGUGAUGAGACAUUGAUAAAAAAAAAUUAACAGAAUUGUGAGAAGAAUGUAGCUAAAUACCAAAGAUCCUCUAUAGGGAUCAGUUCACUACCACAAAUACAUUAAACAUAUGCACAUAUGCUGAUGUAAAUAUUUUUACUUUUGGGCUACAAGGAACAUUUCUAUGAUGUUUAAUUUUAUACAAUAAACUAUAUAUAGUUGUGUUUGUA